AUGAGAUUGCUCUUUGGUUUUAUAUGUGUGCUGCUUGCAGAAGUGCAUGCGGUAGCGUGUAUAAACAUGACUUACAAUGAGAUGGUGGAAUGCUUUUGCAUGCCCGUGGGAUAUGUGCGUGGGGAAGAAGUUUGUGUGAGCCCGGAGUGGAUGGGGCACCCGGUGUGUGUAGAAAGGCUAGGAUGGCUGGGAUACAUGUACAACCUGCGGAGGUACGCGUACGGGCUGGAUACGAGCUUCAGCCUGCUUCCAAGCGGAGAGGUAGAUAAAAGCGGAAAAGAGGUGUACAUGUACGCCCGAGAGCCAGAAAAGGACAGGGCACACCAGCCCGAUGGCAUUAACAGCAAUGUAUUACUUGAAGGAGGUGGAGAGUACCGCGUGGCGUUCCAUCGCACGCUGGUGAAUAUGUUUGGCCUGCAGAAGAAGGGGGGCCUGACGGUUGAAACUGGACGGCCAUGCUCUUUCACAGAGUUUCUCCGGGAGAGCUGCAAAACAAAAACAGAGGCGCACUACGUGUUGACUGCGCUGGUUCUGCUGAGCGAGGGCAUGGACGUUCCGAUUGAGGCAGCUGGGAACAAAGUGAUUCUAAAAAAAAGAAAAGACAGCGAGGAGGUGCUGGUGGACGCAUAUAUAAACAUGCCAGCCGUGGAGAGUGGAGAAAUGCAGUCAUCCGAGACGUGGAAUGUAGUAAACUUCUUCAAGCGGUGCAGAAGCGCAUACAGGCUGCCGAGCACAUACGAAGAGUUUAAAACAGGAUACUUUCUGGAGAGCCCGCAGCUUCUUAUUCUCACCUACGUAGGCGAGUACGUGGAAAACGCGGAAGAGCUUAUGUCUGUGAUGGAGUGCAUAUUCAAGCUCGUGGAGGGCAUGGGCUUGGCUGAGAGCGUGGGAGACGCGGACAGCGUGGCCGGGCGGCUGUUUGUGCCUGAGAGCCGGAUGCCUAAGGCCCAAGCGAAUCUUGCGCCGUUUCUAGAGAUAUUUCCUGGUUUAACGGCCUUGGAGCACUUGGAAGAGUUUAACUAUUUUCAAAGAAAAGCCAGAUAUCCGGUCCUAAUUGACAGCGCCUCAGACGAGAAUAAGGAGAACUUUAACGAGCAUGCUACGAACUGCAGGUUUCUUGGAGCGUGUCUGCUAUUGCCGUGCCUGGCAUACAACCCAGAGAAGAACGCGUACAGCCUGGAGGGCCUGCUGGCCGGGGCCGAAAACACGGAGGAGGUGGCCAAAACCAGGGCGUUUUUUGAGGCAGUGCAGACACACAUAGAAGAGGGUUUUUCUUUGGGCUGGCUGAAGGAAGGACAUGUGCAAAAACGAAGAGACCUGUGGAUCAUGGUGCAUAGGCAGUUUGUAGAGGCGCUGGGGAGUUUGGAGCCGACGGUUCUAAACCAGAUGCGCGUGCUUGCGCUGAUGACCGGGCGGCCGCAGGCCGUGAUGGACGAGCUGGCAGCGCACCAGGCAGCCAUGGAUGCGGAAAGAAGGACAGAAUUAACUCCUGAGGCGAUCGAGUGCGUUCGGGCGCUGCUGCGCUCGAUAGCAGUGGACAAAGGCGUGGCGGUGACGAUUAGAGAGGACUUCGGUUUCUUUAGAGGCAAAGAAUACAUAAUUACAAUACGUCAUGUGCCCGAAGGCAUCAACAGAUGUGAAACAACGGCGGUGUUCACACAAGAAGAGACUUGGAUGAGAAAUCAAUUUUUUCCUCACCGAACUCUCUCUAGCAGAGAGGAGAAUGUGUUGGGCACGGCGGUCGUGCAGUACAGGAGGGAAGCGCUGUUUUCUGGCUAUGUGCUUGCAGAGUGCAUGCAACGAAUGGCAGCUGUAAAGGACAUUUUAAACCUUGCAAACAGAACAGUUGAAGAUGUGCAAGAAGCUGCGCGGUGGACAGUUGAGUGCAGUCCAGCAAGGCCAACCCGCGUUCUGAUGGCGCUGCCAGCUAUGAGCAAUUACUUCAGGAAGGAGCUUGUCUAUGCGCUGGUGCUGUAUGCCGAGCAGAAGAAGAUUGUGCUGACGCUGGCACACCCAGUGGGUCGACUGAUUGCGAACAUGAUAGGGAGCAUUGACCUUAGCGACUCGACAAACCGGCGUUAUAUCCUGAAAGUGCCUAUAGUCUCUAGCACUCUGCAGGUGCUGUGUCCAGCGCUGCAGCUGUCUGAAAAGUCGCGAUGGGAGCUUUGGAACUCAUACAUGCUUAAUAUUCAUUUCGUGCCGUAUCCCUUCGAAAAUACCGAUUUGCUUACACGGGAAAACCUUAUGUGGUGUCUUCGAGCGUACGCAGAGAAACAAAAUGCGCCGCUGUUCAGGUGUAAGCUGCUGCAUAAACAUGCGAACAUAGCAAAGCAUAGCAAGUAUCUGUUUUCGACGGACCCGAUGGCAUCCCUACAAGAGAUAUGUGCGCUUGUUCUAGCAGAUAAUGCGGGAGAAGACCUGGUGACGGCCAAGGCCCUGGCCAAUGCGCUGCGGCUGUCCUGGCUGGCGAUUCUUUUGGAGAGGGGCUUGGAGGAGAAUCGAGACGCAAUUGUCGAGAUUUACAAGACUGUUAAGCCAGGGUAUCUUGAAAAAGACCUUAGAAGGCUUUGCGAUUUUUGGUGGUACGUAAAUCUAAACUCUACCCUAGACAGCCUGAAUAGAGCAAGGAAUGCUCUUGUAGGGGAAGGCGGCUGCGCGAAGUUUGAAGCGCUGUGUGAACUCUACCGCCAAGCAUGCACUAGAUUCCAGGGUUGA